AUGGUGACAAUGCGCACGGCCGUCUGCAAGAGCCAUGUUGAAAGUCUGGCUGUGCUUGUCUGGCUGUUUUUCGGCCUACCGACUCUUCCGCCCACGUUCGCAGCAUGGAGGAAGCAAAGUGAGCUCAGGUCCAACCGGGAGAAUUCAGGACUAAACUCGCCUUCAAUCGCAGAUACGAGGGCCAGGCUAGCUGCGGAGAGAGAAGGAAGCAAUCCAAUCAGCCCGGAAGGAAAGAGGCUGCUCGCCGAGAUAGUGGAGGCCGGAAACAGAGGUGAUUGGCUGCGGAUUCACACGGUCAUGGCAAGCUAUGUGGGAUCAGACAUCCAGCUUUUCUCUUGUGCCAUGAAAUUCGCCUUGAGAUGUGGGCAGUAUAAAGUGUCGCAACAGGAGGAUCGUGCCGGACCAACCAUGUUCUCUGCAGCUUUGUUGAUCUAUGCCAAGAUGGGGGAUGCAGCCGCCGUGCACAGCAUAUGGGCCGAAGCGAUGGAAAGCUGGGUUGAUAUUGAAAUCCCACAUAUCAACUCUGCCAUCCAUGCUUGUGCUCAAGCUGCCGGAAAUGCACAUAAUGCUGCUAAGUUCCUCUUUGAGCUGAUGCAUGACUUGGAUUUGCAUCCCAACAUCAUCACGUUUACAUCGCUUAUGGAAGCUUACCACAGUGCACCGUUGGACUGGGUUCUGGCUGCAUACCAUGUGAUGAAGGAAGGCCAGGUUGAGAUGGACUUCGCCUUCGCCGAGACAUUUCUAUGCAAUGUGCUCCAACGGCCAACAGAAGGACAAAGCCUCAAGACUGCUUUGCUGGCAUGUUCGCAAGCUCGGCGCUCAGCCGCCCAGUCGGCACUGGAAGACUUCAAAGCUUCUGGUAUCAAGCUGACUGCCCUCUCCUCUCGAAUUGACGAUGCUUUGCGUGCCGAUGAGCCCGACAAGGGAUACGUCGUCGGGCUGCUGAAGGGCAUCCAGGACCGGCUGACGAAGACCCGUACUGAGCUAGAUCAGACGGAGAAGGCGAAGACCCUCACGCACAAGAGCCUUUUCAGCGCCAAGAAGGAUCAAGCUACGAUCCUCCAGAACGAGGUGCUGCAGAAGUCCCGCCUCCUUGCACAGAGCAAGUUGGAUCUCGUCGAGGCACAGCGCGUCCACGACGAAGAGAAGGAGUCUAGCACGGAAAUGAUGCAAAUGGUGGCCGACACGAAGGAAGACUGCUCCUCUAAGGCAAGUGAGUUCAAGGUGCGGAAAGAGGACCAGCAGAAGGAGCGAGCCGCCUUGGUGGAGGCCACCGCGGUCCUCAAGGAGGAGGAGUCCGACAGCACCGCGACCAACUUCCUGCAGGUCGCCUCGGAGAGCAACGCAAAAGGUGAGGAGAAGGAAGAUGCUCUCCGCAGAGCGGUCGCGCUGAUGCAACAUCAGACCCAGGAGAAGGCGGAAGGCAUGGGCAACGCCGCGGAGGCCGUUCUUGGCCUGGUGGAUGCUAUCCAAAGUCAUCAAGAGGAAGAUGGCAAGAGGUUUUGCAUUUGA